AUGGGGUCCAAUGGGGUGUGGCUGUUCCUACCCCUGAGUGUGGAGUCCAUCCUGGCCACCUUCCACAGGAAACCUGCCCAGAGGGACGGACAGGAAGGAAACAGGCAGACUGUCGGUCACCAGGGUCAGCUCAGAAUUGACUGGUCCCUCCAGCAGGACAGUUCUAUGUUCAGGGAGCCAGAUCCACGAGUUAACUCAGACAGUGGCGCAGGCCAGCAGCCAGUAGAGGGCGACGAGGACACCUCUGUUCAGGCUCCUCCAGGAUCGAGCUUGGGCCCACCUUGCCUGGAUACCAAUCAAGUCUCAAGCUGGCCUCAGUUUCGGACCCUCCUGCAGCAGUUUCCUCCACAGGACAGUGACGAGCGCUACUGUCUGGCCCUAGGGGAGGAGGAACUGACCCAACUGCGGCUCUUCUGUGCCCAGCGGAAGCAGAAAUCCAUGGGACAGGGGGUGGCCCGCUUGUUACCUCCCAAGCUUGAAGGAUACACCUGUGAGAAGUGCAAGAAGCUGCUGAAUCCAGGAGAGUACGGAGUGUUUGCCGCCAGGGCUGGUGAGCGGUGCUGUUGGCACAGAUCCUGUUUUACUUGCCAUGCCUGUGGGCAGGCCCUGAUAAACCUCAUCUACUUUUACCACGAUGGACAUCUCUACUGUGGCCGCCAUCACGCAGAGCUGCUGCGACCUCGAUGUCCCACUUGUGACCAGCUGAUCUUCUCUCAGAGCUGUACCGAGGCAGAAGGACAGCGCUGGCACGAGAACCACUUCUGCUGCCAAGACUGUGCCGGGCCUCUGGGUGCAGGACGUUAUGCCCUGCCCGGGGGCAGCCCCUGCUGCCCCAGCUGCUUCGUGAGGCGCUACCGGAGUGCAGAUUCUAGCUCAGUAGAGACACUGGAAGGGCUAGCGUCCCUUGGGGAAACAGAACCCGAUCCAAGUGUCGGCUGGAACGGUGCCUCCUCGGAUGACAAGAUCACCUCCCAAGUUACACUUCCCUCUACAGUAGCCAGCUCCACUCUGGAAACCCAGAGUGGGGCGUCCAAAGGGCAGGGCCGAGAGCGCCCUAAGACUCCCGGAAACGCCCAAGAGCACAGCCCCUGCCCCACCUGCUCCUCUUCCUCUGAGUCGGAACCCGAAGGCUUUUUCUUGGGCCAGCGCCUUCCAGGUCCCUGGAAGUCCUCCCCAAACCUCCAGACAGAUGACAGAGACAUCUCCAGGAAGCACUGCACCAUUUGUUAGUGGGGCAGCCCGGAGAG